AUGUCUGUCGUCGACCCAGCCGGUGAUGGCGUCGGGCUCCAAGCACGGGGGCAAACAGUCACUGAUUUUAAAUCUGCUCAUGUUAGAGAAGCUGAUCUACCUAUUUCGAAACUUUCCGACUUUUACAUUGGGCGCCCUUUGGGAACUGGAAAGUUUGGGAAUGUAUUCUUAGCCAGAACCAGGAAAGAAAAUUUCGUCUGUGCAUUGAAAAUUCUGUUCAAGAAGCAACUUGUCCGAUGUAACGUGGAACAUCAAUUACGCCGAGAAGUUGAGAUUAUGUGUCAUCUGCGGCAUCCACACAUACUUCAAUUGUAUACGUACUUUCAUGAUAGUACGAAAAUUUACCUUGUUUUGGAAUACGCAUACUAUGGCCAAAUGUACAGCCAUUUGCAACGUGAAAAAAGAUUUAGCGAGCGGAAAGCUGCCACAUAUGUGUAUCAAUUAUGUGAUGCCUUAAAGUACUGUCAUGCGCGUCACGUUAUUCACCGGGACAUAAAGCCAGAGAACCUACUGCUCGGUUUGUACAAUGAGCUCAAGCUAGCUGAUUUCGGCUGGUCUGUUCAUGCACCUUCACUAAGACGCAAGACAAUGUGUGGAACUAUUGACUAUCUCCCACCAGAGAUGAUCCUUGGUCACCAUCACAACGAACGAGUCGACCACUGGGCUGUGGGUAUUCUUUGUUACGAGAUGCUCAGUGGUCAUCCUCCCUUCGAAAGCGAUGAUACUAAAGAGACCUACGCCCGCAUCAGAAUCGUCAAAUAUAGAUUUCCCUCGGUGAUUGGGGCUCUCGCGCAAGAUCUUAUCUCAAAGAUUCUUGUCCUCAACCCGGCUCAUCGACUUGAUCUCGAUUCAAUCGUGCGGCAUCCCUGGGUCCAAACCUUCGCUUCCAAGGACACUUUUUUGAAAUAA